AUGACUUCAUUUGACGCAAACGCGCAACUGCAGCGCACAAGCGUCAAGUUGAACGCGCCCUUACUCUACAGGACCACUUAUUCGUGGAGAGUCAUCCAGAAAUUUGGAAAAGAAUGUAUAGCGAAAGGAGACGUUCUUUAUGGAGUACUAGGCCCCUUCAAGAUCUACGUGAUCACGGACCCCGAUGAUAUUUACACGGUGUCCAACGCUUGCCUAAAGAAGAUCUGGGCUUAUGACUUGUCGAAGCCUUGGCUUGGAGAAGCCCUGAUAAGAGCUGAUGUUCCAAUUUGGAAAAAACAUCGCAAGAUAAUCAAUCGAGCUUUCGUACAAGACGUGAUCGACCAGUUCAUUGGUGUAUUCAACAAGGAAUCUAAGCUUUUAGUAAAAGAUCUAAUUGCUAAAGCAGGGAGGGGACCAUUUAAUCCUGUUGAUUACUUGGGAAACAGAGCUAUGGAGAUUACUUUUCAAACAGUAAUGGGAAUAUCGGACUCAGGCGAUGACGUCAUCCAUAACCACGAAUAUUCACGGGCACUACAAUCUUUAUUUAACUUGUACGCACAAAGAUUUCAGAGCCUGUGGAUGCAUAGCCCGUUUUUGUACAACUUCUCCAGCUUGAAGAAGAAGGAGCAAGAUUUGAUAAGUAUUCUCCAUAGGACUUCUGAUAAGAUUAUCCAAAAGAAAAAAGCAGCUUACGAGAAACGGCUGGAUAAUAGCGAUACUAUUAACACUUCGGGUAAAACUUUCAAAGCCUUCCUAGAUCUCCUCAUAGAACUGCCUCCAGAAGAGGCAUAUACGGACAAGGAGAUUCGGGAAGAAGUAGAUGGCAUGGUAGUAGCCGCAGCUGAUACUUCUGCCACCACGUUAAGAUCCAUUCUUGUACUGAUUGGAUCUUAUCCUGAAGUGCAGAAUAGGGCGUUUGAAGAAGUGAAAGAAAUUCUAGGCUCUACAGACAGAGAGAUUGAAAAACACGAUUUACAUAAAAUGGUGUACUUAGAAGCUAUUAUAAAGGAAACCCUGAGGAUGUAUCCCACUGGACCCGUGCAACCGCGAUAUGCCACUGAAGAUGUUCAAUUAAAAAACUACGUCCUCCCAGCGGGAACGAACUGCUUCAUGCUGGUCGCUGCGAUGCAGCGAAACCCCGAUCUCUGGGGGCCAGACGCAAAUGUCUUUCGCCCAGAAAGAUGGUUGGACCCAUCCACGCUUCCAGAAAACUCUAACGCUUUUGCUGCUUUUAGUCUCGGGAAGCGGGUGUGUGUAGGCAAAGCGUACACGCUACUCUCCAUGAAGACAACAUUAUCAUACCUCCUGCUUAACUACCACUUCACGGGCGAUGACACCAAGCUGACACACAAAUUGGAUAUCAUGCUCAAACCCGCAUCGGGGUAUGAGAUUACUAUCACAAAAAGGAACAGGGACUAGGAUAUGUAAAUUGUAUAUAUAACCUAAUGGCAGUAUUUGAGACCAGUUUGCAUUAUAUAUAUAUGUAUAUAAAGAGGAAAAAAACGUAUGUAAUGUAAAUUCAGAACGCACC